AUGCUGCUGCUGGAUUCACUUAACACAACAGAUCCGAAGAGGUUGGCACCUGAAAUAAGAGGAUUCAUUCGUGGUAUUUAUGAAAUCGAAGAGCGGGAAGAAAGUGUGCACUUCAUAAAAAAAAUCCGUCUUGAGUUUCCUAAGGUGCCACAGCAAAAUGGGGAGGAAUGUGGUAUAUAUGUUCUUUACUUCAUCCACUGUUUUCUUCAAAACGGAAAAUUGGCAGAAGUUCUUCGGAAUAAAACACUGGAAGAAGAUUUCAGCCAGCUGGUGUGCCAUACUGUCAUGCAUUUCCAUCUUCUCACUCCCUUGUUCUACUUAACAAAUGCUUCUCUAAUUUGUUGGUCUAUGAAUAGUUUGAUGAUGGCACCUUUGAUCCAGAGGAACUAG